AUGAUAGACUGUAUUAAGGAAGUGGAGUUAGAGGUGGAGAGGCUGGGCGUGGUCAACACUGGUUGCAAUUUUUCAAAGCAAUACCUUGAAUUCAGGAUUCAAAUGCUCAAUUCAACCGUAGGUGUGAGAUCGACGUCGAGAAUUGAGGUACGCAUCAUGAAUGACAAGGGAAAACAAAUAUGGAAUGAAGCUCGCAAAUUGUUCAACAUCAAAUUGGAACUGAGCAGUGUGUUGAAGAAGGCUGAGGAUGACGGCUAUCCAAAUGGGACAGAUAUUGUGGCAAUCUAUAAAAGUGUUGAAAACGAUUUGGGUAACAUGUUGGGUGAACUCAAUUCACUUGGGUAUAGCACGUCCUUCCCCAACAUUAAGGGAAAUUCUCACACCACGGCCAGUCAUCCUACCGCACUAGCUGUCGUUUCUCCAAUCAUGAGUAGUGGCAGGUCUACCUCAGUGCCAUUGUCUGCCGUGACUCCCUUACCAGUUGCCGUUUCUCACACAAUGGUUAGUCCUAUUCCCCUUACUCCCCACCAGCUGCCGUUUCUCCCACCAUCAACAUUGAGUCUGUUACCACCACCUCGGAGGUGGACGUGGAGAUGGUGGAUGCAGAUGCAGUCCACAAAAAGACAAAGGGAAAGAAGAAGCGUAUCUCACCCAAGACUCUAA